AUGCAAUAAAUCGAUGCAUACACUAUUAAAUGCCCUAAUUCAGAACAUGCCUAUGAUGUCAAAUUGAUAUGUUUUAAUGAGUCCUGUAGAGUAAAUAGAUUAUAUUGUAUUUAAUGUGUGAGAGAUGGAUGUCAUGUUUCUCAUCACUAAAAUUAAUAAGAAUUACCAAAGUUAUUUGAAUUUAUUUAAAAAAUUCAAAAAGAAUGUAAUGAUUUAAUUACUAGUUUGUGUAAAUAAAUGGAUUUGGCUUAUUAGUAAUUCCAUUUAUUGAUUGAUGGAAUUAGAUCGAAAUAUUAGAAAUCUAAAUAAUAAUUUCUUAAUUUAAAUUCAAAAUAGAUGAAUUCUUUUUUUGCAGAAACCAUCUAAUUCAAAUCAUUUUAAUAAGCAAUUGAUAACCAAAUCUAAUAAUCCAUUAAAUAAUUCUAAAAUUAAAUGCAAGAGUUUACAUCUAAUUUAAAAUUAGCUGAAUUAAAUUAUUAUUCAAUAUCUAAUACAUAUAUUCUAAUGUCAGAAGAAUUAUAUGAAAAAGGUAAUCAAUCAAUUAAAUUAGGCUAUCAAUUAUAUUAGAAUGAUAAAAGGUUUGAAGAGGCGAUUAAACUUUUUGAUCAAGCAUUAAUUUUUAAUUCAACACAUUAAUUAUCAUUAUUUUCUGAGAGUUUAUGGAUGCUUAGCAAGUAUAAUGAAGCAAUCAUUUGGGCAGAUAAGGCGUUGGAAGUCGAUCCAAAACAUUGUAAUUCAUUAUUUUGUAAAGGUUAAAUAUUGUUAAAAUUGUUAGCUUAGAGUCUAAGGAGGCUUAGCAAAUAUAAUGAAGCAAUCAUUUGGGCAGAUAAGGCGUUGGAAGUCGAUCCAAAACACUGUAAUUCAUUAUGUUGUAAAGAGUCUAAGGAUGCUUAGCACAUAUAAUGA